UUUGGUGUUUGCAAAAUUAGAAAAAUUUGCGAAAAUACGAUAAUGCAUAAAUAACAAAAUAAAAUUUAAACCUGUUUUGUAUAUUACAAAAUUAAAUAAAUAUCAAUAAAUUUCACUAGAUUUUUCCUUUAAAUACCUAUAACUGGCUACAUCAAUUAGCUUUUAGUACAACUAUCUAGAACUUGAGGAAAAAUCUAAAUGUAAACUUGUUGUUGUAAUAGAAAAACAUGGCACGUCAGCGUGAAAAUAAAGGAGGCAAUAAUUCUUCUGAAAAAUCUGCAAAACAAAAAACCCUCAAACAAAUAAAUGAAAAUGCUGAGUCGACAAAAUCUAACAACAGUUCCGGCAGUAGGGCUAGUACAACUACCACUAGCACAACUUCAUCGAAUGCAGCCAUGGAUAAGCCGAAAAAUAAACAUUCAUCUCAUCCUAAAAAGGCCACAUUCGAGGAACAAAAAUCGAAGUUUGUGUUAAACAAAUGGAAAACUUUGGCCGGGUGUAUUUGUAUGGCAGUAGCGGUAUAUUUUGGUUAUCAGGGCUAUUUGGAAACGCGGGUUAAUACACCGUACGAUAAUCAAAAAAUGGUUGCCCGUGCCGGUUUAGAUGAUCCCGAGCGUUAUUGGGGUUCUUAUAGACCUCUCAACUAUUUUGGUAUGAAAACACGAGAUCCCCAUUCUUUAGUCAUGGGUCUAAUGUGGUAUACACCCUCAAAUUUGGGCCAUGGCGGUAAGGGCAUACGACAUUGGUGCGAUAUGGGAGAUAAUCUGGAUAAAUAUGGCUGGACUCAUCAUGAUGGACGUACAUUUGGCGUACAGGAAAUUCAUGAUUUGCCUUUUGAACUAAAAACGUCGUUUGUCAAAUAUCCCAGUGGCAAACAAUUUGGCGGAGAUUGGACUGCCAGAAUAUCGGUGAAGAAUACCAGCAGAGCGUGGGAUAAAUCAAUAUCACUUAUAUGGUAUGUGGCAUUAGAUGAGCGUACCAAUGGCCACAUUAAAUAUGUCUCGGACGAAAAAAGUCCCGAACCAGGAGUCUAUGGUGAAACAUUGGGUUUGGGCGAAUUUCAAUUAAGAUUUCAUCCUGUCAAAGGACGCAUUCUGCACAAAUCCUACUUGAGUACCGUGGCGCCUUCUUUGAGUAAACUUAAAGAAACCGUGUUUACAUAUUUUAGAGCAUUUACCGAUAAGAUGGGACAUCGCUAUAUAGGUCUACCGGGAGAAAUGAUAUCACACAAUGGAAAUUUAGCUUUAGAUCCAAAUUUUAUAGCCAUACAAAUUACCGCCGAAGUAGAUUUUACCAUGGACAUAACAUAUCAAUCGACUUCAGGUUUUUCAGUUGGUGAAUUGAUACCUAAACCUCCUACGGGCCGCGAAUAUACUGAUUCUUUGCAAGCUCAUUUAGCAGCAUUCGAUAAACGUUUCGAGGAUACAUUCCAUUUGAAGUCUAAAGGUUUCUCAAAUGGUGAAAUCAAAUUUGCCAAAUAUGCGUUAAGCAACAUGUUGGGUGGCAUCGGUUAUUUCUAUGGAUCCAGUAAGGUGCAAUCUAUUUACACUACUAAUCCAGUACCGUAUUGGAAAUCUGCUUUAUAUACAGCAGUGCCAUCACGUUCCUUCUUUCCUCGAGGCUUUCUUUGGGAUGAAGGUUUCCAUGGCCUUCUAAUAUCCUCAUGGGAUAUUGACAUUGAAUUGGAUAUAAUAAGUCAUUGGUUUGAUUUGUUAAAUAUAGAGGGUUGGAUACCUAGAGAACAAAUACUGGGCGUUGAAGCUUUAGAAAAAGUACCGGCAGAGUUUGUUAUACAGCACAAUUCCAAUGCCAAUCCUCCUACAUUUUUGCUAACACUAAAGAAAAUAUUAAAACAUCAUAAACAGGAAUUAUCUCUAAAAGGUAGAUUAGACACUUUAGAGCGCAUUUAUCCACGUCUGCAAGCCUGGUUUUCAUGGUACAAUACUACACAAAGAGGAGAUUUGGCGGGUACAUAUCAAUGGCGGGGACGCGACGCCACAACCGAACGUGAAUUAAAUCCAAAAACACUAACCUCAGGUCUAGACGAUUUCCCCAGAGCUUCACAUCCUACAAAAAAGGAACGACAUAUUGACAUUAGAUGUUGGAUGGCAUUUGCCUCUAGUGUAAUGUAUGAAUUGUCCACAAUACUGCGCAAGGAAGAUCACAAGUACUAUGAAACUGCUGCCUAUUUAAAGGACAAUGAAGUUUUGAAUGAACAACACUUAAGUCCCUACACAGAGACUUAUGCCGAUUGGGGCCUGCACACCGAUUCGGUGGUACUUAAAAGACCACAAAUGACACAGAAAAAUAUGCAACGUGGUCAUCAGCAUCACCAGCAGCCACAGGAAAUGGUGAGAGUGACUUUGAAACAACCAGAUUAUAAAUUUGUUGACACCACAUUUGGCUAUGUCAACAUCUUCCCCUUCCUUUUGGAGAUUCUUGAUCAUGAAUCUCCCUAUUUGGGUAAACUACUGACUGACAUAAGAGAUCCACAAAAACUCUGGACACCUUAUGGUUUGCGUUCUCUUUCAAAAUCCUCUCCCUUGUAUUUAAAACGUAAUACCGAACAUGAUCCUCCAUAUUGGAGAGGUCCCAUUUGGAUUAAUAUUAAUUAUUUGGCUGUAAAGGCUUUGCGCCACUACGGUAUGUUAGAAGGUCCUUAUGCCGCUUUGGCCCGUGAAAUUUAUGCCGAAUUGAGAGAAAACUUAAUAAAUAACAUAUUCAAGGAAUACCAACGCACCGGCUACUUAUGGGAGCAAUAUGAUGAUACCAGUGGUCAGGGCAAGGGUUGUUAUCCAUUUACCGGCUGGAGUUCUCUAGUUGUACUUAUCAUGUCUGAACAAUAUUAAAAAAUAAUAAUAAAAAAUUAAGUUACAAAUUAGGAAAUUGUAAUUUAUUACGUAAAUACUUAUAUAUUGACGAUAAACAAUACAAAAACAAUUAUUACGUUUUGUUUAAAGUUGAAAUAAAAUAUGUAAACAAAAACACUGGAGUUUUUAAAUAUGAAACGAAACUUCAUAAACCGAACUACUAAAAUACUUCAAGCAUAAUUUAGUCAAUUUAUUUAAUUAAUUUUAAUGAAACUAUCGUAAACUAUAAUAAUGUUCUUUGUAGUUAAAUUGAUUAAUAAAAAAAACAAAAAUCCCGUAAAAAAA